AAAGCCCGUCGUCGAAAACUCGCUCCCUCGUCGCCGUCGCCGUCGACGCACCGAUUGAGCCACCCUUAAGAUUCCCAGCUGAAUCCCAACAAGCCCUAUCAAAAAGGUUGAAAAAAGGAACUGAGGCGAGGGACACUGCAGAGACAUGGACAAUGUACAAAUGAUUGGCACUAAAAUCACAGCGAUCAAGGAAUACUUAUAUAAUUUUGCCAGAACACACUCACCAACCAGACUCAUGGGUUCCGAAAACCAAUACUCCCUCACCAGGGAGCAUAGCAAUCUCAAAUAUUCAGAUAUCUUGCCACAAAAUGUCGAAGGAUUUCCGGCGACAAGGGAAUUUCUGAUGAAGGUGGUUGAUAUACUCUUAGAUUUCAUCAAAUCAACGAACGAUCGGAAUUCGAAAGUUUUAGACUUCCAUCAUCCAGCUGAAAUGAUACAACUUCUUGAUUUGGAAAUUCCGGAUAGUGGAGUCACACUUCAGCAGCUCCUCAUCGACUGCUCGACUACUUUGAAGUACCAAGUCAAAACCGGACAUCCGCACUUCUUCAAUCAACUCUCUUGUGGUCUGGACCUUGUCUCGAUGGCUGGUGAAUGGCUCACUGCGACUGCAAACACGAACAUGUUCACGUACGAAAUUGCCCCAGUCUUUAUUCUCAUGGAACACAUCGUAUUACAAAAAAUGCGCGAGCUUAUCGGCUGGAAUAGUGGUGAUUCCAUCCUUGCCCCCGGGGGAUCCAUCAGCAACCUUUAUGCUUUCCUUGCAGCCAGACACAAAAUGUUCCCUCAAUACAAAGAGCGAGGACUUGCUGCUGUAGGCGGUCAACUCGUCAUGUUUACAUCUGAUCAGUGCCACUACUCAGUGAAAUCUUGCGCUUCGGUUUGUGGAUUGGGUACUGACAACUGCGUCAUGGUGCCCAGCGAUGCACGUGGCCGUUUAAUUCCUUCCAAGCUUGAAGAAUUGAUUCUUGAGCGGAAAGCUAGAGGGCACAUACCAUUCUUCGUAAAUGCGACUGCUGGAACAACGGUCAUUGGAGCUUUUGAUCCCAUAUCAGAAAUUGCUGACAUCUGCCAAAAAUACAAAUUGUGGCUACACAUCGACGCGGCUUGGGGUGGCGGUCUUCUUCUUUCCAGGAAAUAUCGACAUCCACGAUUGUCGGGAAUCGAGCGUGCUGAUUCGGUGACCUGGAAUCCUCAUAAAUUGAUGGGAGCCUUGCUGCAGUGCUCUACUAUUCACUUCAAAGAAGAGGGCUUACUGAUUAGCUGCAACCAAAUGUCAGCUGAGUACUUGUUCAUGACUGACAAACUAUAUGAUGUAAAAUAUGACACUGGUGAUAAGGUCAUCCAAUGCGGGCGGCACAAUGAUAUCUUCAAACUGUGGCUGCAGUGGCGUGCAAAGGGCUCUGAUGGUUUCGAAAAACACAUGGACCGUCUAAUGGAACUUACUGAAUAUAUGGUUCGACGAAUUAAACAAAUGCCAGACAAGUUUUAUCUCAUUCUCGAACCGGAAUUAGUGAACGUCUGUUUCUGGUACCUACCAGCCCGUGUUCGCAAUAUGCCUCACAGUCCAGAGAGGGAAACUAUUUUAGGACAGAUCUGUCCUGUGCUAAAAGGUCGAAUGAUGGAAGCUGGAACUCUGAUGGUAGGAUAUCAGCCAGAUGAUCGAAGACCAAAUUUCUUUAGGAACAUCAUAUCGAGUGCUGCAGUAACCGAGGCAGACGUCGACUUCUUAUUGGCAGAAAUGGAUCGACUGGGUCAAGAUCUUUAAAUCCUACCGCAAAAUGUUUUGCAGGCGACUGAAGGUCGUGGCGUUUUUCUUACAGUCCAUUUAUUAGAAACUAAAUAAAAUUAUGUAGAGUUUGACAAAAGAAAGAAGAAGAACGCCACAUAUCGACGUGUACAAAGACCCUUUGGCCAAUUAUUCUCAACCAUGAAUAUUAAGAUAAAACAUAUGAAAAAAAUCGCCGUGUAGAUGUACGGAUUUUCUCGAAAUCGAAUAAGAAAAAUACCUAUUGAACGCAUCUCUGUAAUUUUUACGUACACUGAAAGGUAGCAGUAGCAAAGAUCAUUAAUAUCAAAAAAUAGUUGGAAUUCGUCGUUAGUGUUUUAUAUUGCUAAUCGUUUCGAGAUUUCCGAGCACACACUUGAAGCUAAACUGUUGAUUAUAUUAAUGGAGUAUCAUAAGAAGCUAAGCCAGAAUGGUAACAAUGACAUGCAGAAAAUGACAAUGAAUGCUGUUUCUCAGUUUAUUUGAUUUUAGAUCACCCUUUUGGAAUUCUUUUAACGGUCUUGAAAUUUUCUAAAAUGUUUCUAAUUCGUGAAAUUGCCUCUAUUUGUGGAAUUCUGUGAAUUUUUAGCAUAUCAAAAUAAUGCGAAGAAUUUAAAGUAUUUGAAAAAAUUCAAAAAAAUUUGGAGUACAGUCCACUUACGAUAACUUUCCAACUUCGGAGCUGUAUAGAGCCCUCCGUCGUGAGGCAAAAGUUCCAAUUUUUUAACUUCUUAUGAUACCUCAUAGCUAGAUUAUAAAAUAAAUUUGAUGAUAGAUAAGUGUUAAAAUCUUUAUGACUUGGACGUGAUUCGUCCUUUAUAGCCAGUUAAUGAAAGUAAGAAGCGAAAGGAAAUGUAUGGAGUUUAUGCGCUUCGCCAAAGUAGGUCCUUAAAAAAUGUGUCGAAAUAGUUUGCAAAAAUACGUGUGAUUCUCGAUCAUUGUAGGCCAUCAUUAUAUCCUUUACACUCAAUUGAAAUCAAAUAUAACAGUGUAUCUGGGAACGUGUCAUUAAAAUUUUAAAACAAUUUUUUGCUUUACCUAAUUAAGUUACUACUCUCACAUUAAUUUCAAAUUUUUCUCACAUAAUUGAGUUCUCCUUAUGUCUGUAACUGUUUUAAAUUAUAGGACUGAAAAGCAGCAACGAACGAGCAGUAAAGCAGUAGACAGGAGUGGGGACGACGCGCAGA